AAAUAGAAAUUCAAAAAUUACAUUUUUGAAAUCCCUAAUCCCAUAUAUAUUUUGUAAACCCAAGAUCUAGAAUCAUAUAAAAAUAGAGCAAAAUGCCUACAUCUCUCAACAAUCAACAUACACAUGUACAUAUACAUAUAUAUCUUUAAGAAUUCAAAAUAUAUAUGUACCUCUUUUACUGCCUGGCUUCAUCCUGUGUGCCACUUGUAUAUAUAAGACAAAGUAGAGGGGCGGGGAAGAGAUCGAGACCUAGGUUAGGUAUGGUUGUCAGAGUAGGCUCCGCCAGGCCCAGCGGCGGCUGCGGCGGCGCCGCAACGGCCUUUUCCAGAGCUUUAUGAAGAGAAAAGCCUUAGUUGCCAUCUACGCCUCCAAGGUGAAGUUUCUAUGUGACUUUUAUGUGACUUUUACAUGUGGGGUGAGUUGUUGUUGUUGGGUCUUUUUUUUUUUUUUUUUUUUUUGAUCAGCAAAAUAAUGGGUCUUUUUUUUUUAAUUACCCACUUUCUCUCUCUCUCUCUCUCUUUCUUUUUUUUUUCCCCUUUUUCUUUUGGGUGGAGAUUCAUUUAUAUUUAGUUGUUUGUAUGUGCUAUUUUUCUUUUUUUGGCCUUUUGUUUAUAUGUGCUACUGUUGCUGGUGUUUUCCAUAUUUUUCAUGGGAAAAAUUGGAGUUACGUGAAUGGAGUUUUGAAUUGGGUUUCUCUUUGCUAUUAAACUACAAAAAUGCCC